AUGGCGCCAAUUACGCGGGCUGCGUUGCGUCCCGCCACUUUCGAGGAGCCUAUCUUCAUUACCCCCUCUACUACAUCCAAAGACAGGAAGAAACCGCACUGUAGGAAAUGCGGGAUGCCUUGCAAGGGCCACCCGCGUGGCGGCUGCCCGACUCCCGCUCCGAUUUUGUCUGAAGCGCAGGAGAGCCCCGUAUCCGAUCUUGUCGACGCGUUGGACGCACUGAACAUGAAUUCGGACGCGGCGGAAGUGCCCUUAUCCGUCACCUCCUCCACCUCUGAGGACUCUUCCCUGUUCAAAGAACCUCUGAGGAAGGCAAGGAUCCGACGGCGGCGGGGACGCCUCAUGCCCGGCACUCUCUCGUACCCCACAGACAGCUCCCUCGUGUCCGAGCCGCCUGUCUCUCCGCCUCGCCUCCCACCUCGCCAUCCUCUCGAUGCUCGCCAGAGAUUCCCGGGUAUCAACGCGCCCAAAGAACCAUCAGGACCCCGCAGCCAGUCGCGUGUUCGCUCGGCGAGCGCGAGCGCGAGAGAGGACUUUCUCGACGAACUUGACGGCGUCGCCACGCACGUACCAGUGGCAGUGUAUGUGAUACCAGCUUCGCAUGUCGAGCGAUUACAGCUUUCCGCGAGCAAGUUUGGCUUCCGCGCAGCUGCAAUCAACUCGGCAGACGGUACGCAGAAGGACAAAGCGUGGUUAGUUCUCGGCACGGAGGCCGCCGCGGUCAGAGACGUCCGUGAAAGGUUGGCGAAGAUGGACGCCUCCGCUACAGCAUCCCGCGGGACAUAUGAACUAGCUCAGGUUGCCGGAGGAGCACUAGUGGGUGCGGCGGCUCUAUUGGCAGGAUUAGCGCUGUGA